GCAGCGCGGCGGAGCCGCUGAGCCUGAGGCGUUUGAACGGCUGCUCUCCCGCCCGGGCUCUCACGGGCAGCGGCGGCUGCGUGGUCGUCGCUGGGAGCCGGGGGCGGGACAGGACGAGCAUCUCUGGGCCCGGAUUGCGGCAGCUGGAGGAGGAGCCCCGGGCCAGGCGGUGCGGCGGCGGCGGCGGCGGCGGCGGCGGCUAGGAGAGGGCCUGAGCUAGCCGCCCACGGGACGAUGAUGGGGAAGGAGGAGGAGAUCGUGCGGAUCGCCAAGCGACUGGACAAGAUGGUGACCAAGAAGAGCACGGAUGGAGCUAUGGAUCUGCUAAAGGAACUAAAAAGCAUGCCAAUUACUCUAGAUUUGCUUCAGUCUACCCGGAUUGGGAUGUCUGUGAAUGCACUGAGAAAACAGAGUACUGAUGAUGAAGUUAUCUCACUUGCUAAAUCUCUCAUCAAAUCAUGGAAAAAACUGCUGGAUGCCUCAGAAGAUAAAAAUGAUGAGAAGAAAAGGAAUUCUUCCUUGGCAACGUCUUCGAAGGAUGCCUCUGACACAAAAGAUCAAAGCUCCAACAAAAAGCAAGACCCACCGAGGACUCUCACCACUCCGAAAAUUACUACCUUCCCUCCUAUUCCCAUAACCUGUGAUGCUGUUCGUAAUAAAUGUCGAGAAAUGCUGACAGCAGCCCUUCAGACAGACAAUGACCAUAUUGCGAUUGGUGCAGACUGUGAGCAUUUAUCUGCCCAGAUUGAAGAAUAUAUCUACCAAGAUGUCAAGAAUACAGAUAUGAAGUACAAAAACCGAGUGAGAAGCCGGAUCUCCAAUUUAAAGGAUUCUAAAAACCCUGACCUGAGAAAGAAUGUUUUGUGUGGAGCAAUCACACCAGAACAGAUUGCUGUGAUGACCUCUGAGGAGAUGGCCAGUAAUGAACUAAAAGAGAUCAGGAAAGCCAUGACCAAGGAAGCCAUCCGAGAACAUCAGAUGGCAAAGACAGGCGGCACCCAGACAGAUCUUUUUACAUGUGGAAAGUGCAAGAAAAAGAAUUGCACUUACACUCAGGUUCAGACUCGAAGCUCUGAUGAGCCUAUGACCACCUUUGUUGUCUGCAAUGAGUGUGGAAAUCGUUGGAAGGAUGGAGCCAAUGUAUUGCCCCUAAUCAAGGGAAUCACUUCUGGUACCUGCCAGCUCCAUGUGCAGUGGUGUGAACUGUAUCAAAUCACCCAGCCAGUUCUGUUGAGACUUUGCAGAAUGGAACAGCAACCAUUGAGCCAGGAUGGGCCCACCUUCACGUUCUCUCUAGCUUCUAAAGCAGUUCUGUGCUGUCUUCCCCAAGUUUCCUUUGUCAUGAACACAUCCAAGAGCCGGGUGUUGCUGUGCCGAAGGCUUAACCUCGACCUCCACGUAUGCUCUAUUGAAAUCCAUCAGCUGUUAGGGGCCCCAGGAGGGCGGGCAGAGAGCCUGUCCACACAGCCUGGCCAUUUCAAUGGUCUCAUUCCAGUAUGUAUCAUUAUUUGUUUUCUUCCAAAUAAUAAUAAACAUUUUCUUUUUGUCACUUUCUGCUAUUACUUUGCCCUUUUUCAGUUUCUUGAUAUGUCUGGAUCUGUGAUUCCAAGAGCUUAUAAAAUACCUUAUCUGAGGCACAGUAGGUACUGCAGUCAGGGUACCCUGGCCUACAAGGCCUAGUACCAGGCUGCCCCA